GCCGGCUACGUUUUGUAUUUAAACCACAAGUUGUUCAAGGUCAAAUAAAUUAGGCACCUUAAAGUUGGAGUGAUAACGUGACACUGAACUAAGAAAGUGAACUUUGCAAUAAAAUAGUCAUGGGAGUUUGUGGGUUAGUUGAUUAAUUGAAGUAUGUGUCUCUUUCUUUUAAUCAAUAAAGAAAUAAUUAAGCAACUAUUUGCAUGAGCACCAGCACAUGUACUUAUGUAUUAUUAUAGCAUUAGCUAUAGUAAUCCCUGUUUAAAUUUUCUGAAAGAAGAUUUCAGGGCAAUAAUGGAGAAGCAUAACUCAAAAUGGUUCAAUGUUCAAUCUGUGCCUCAGUGCUAUACAUUUCCCCUAGAAGAAAGACCAGGAGAAGCCCCUAUACCAAUAUGCAAGAAAAUCCCAAUAAUUGAUCUUGGAAAAUUCCUAGUAAGUUCUUCAGAAAAAAUGGAAACAAUCAAGCAAAUUUUGCAAGCUGGUCAAGAAUUUGGUUUUUUCCAGGUAAUCAACCAUGGAAUACCAGAAAAUGUGGUGACUCAAACAAUGUCUACCUUUAAAGAGUUUUUUAACAUGGCUGACGAACAAAAAACAAAUGUACCAUCUAAGAAAGGAUGGAUCUACACAGGGAGCAAAGAUGAAGUUAAAAAUGGUGUCCAUUUAUGGAGGGAUAAUAUAAAACACCCUUGUCAUCCUCCUGAGAAAUGCAUGCAAAGUUGGCCUGAUAAACCAGCUAGCUACAGAGAAGUAGUGGGAACAUACGUAGAGGAAAUAAAGAAGCUGAGUUUGACAAUUUUGGAGCUGAUAUGCCAAGGAUUAGGAAUUGAAUCAGGCUAUUUUGAAGAACAAAGCCAGGUUCAACUGUUGUCAGCAAAUAAUUAUCCACCAUGCCCAGAUCCAAGCCUGACUUUAGGCAUAUUAAAACAUCUUGAUCCAAGCCUCAUAACAAUAAUUUAUCAAGGGAAUGUGAGUGGGCUUCAAGUUUUGGUAGAUGGACAGUGGAUGUGCAUUGGGGCUCUUCCUAAUGCUUUUGUUGUCAACAUAGGCAACCAGCUAGAGAUAAUCAGUAACGGGAAGUUAAAAAGUGUGGAGCAUAGAGCAGUGACAAAUUCAAGGGAAGCAAGAACAUCGAUUGCCAUUUUUGUAAAUCCAGCUCCCAACUGCAUCGUUGAGCCAGCAAAAGUACUGUUGAAUGAGUCUAAUCCCCCUCUCUACAAAUCCAUUCUUUACAGAGAUUUUAUCAAUGCUUCCAAAGCUUUUGGUAUUCAUACUGAUGCCAUACAAAAUGAAGCUUAACUUAAUGAUAUAUACUAGUAUUAUCGUUAAAAUUUCACGGGGUAUUCUAUUUGGUCGUCUUCGUUUAACAUGUAUCAA